GAUCAUCGACCCAGGGAGAGCUGAGGUGUCACAGCAGCUGUAAUAAUCCUUCAUAUGUCUGGUUCAGUAAUGGACAGAAAAUGGAUGGAGAAACAUCUUCUUCUCUCAGAGUCUCUGUUGAAGAUAACAACAGCUAUUCCUGUGCUGUUACAGGAUAUGAAGAUUACCGCUCUCCUCCAGUGUAUGCUCCAAAGGUUGUUACCCUGUCUCUGACUCCCACUGGGGAUAUCAGAGAGAACAGUAGAGUGACUCUGACCUGUAGCAGUGAUGCUAACCCAGCAGCUACUUAUACCUGGUACAAGAAUGGUAAACCUCUCAAUAAAAAUACACAGAUUGUCUUCAGCUCCAUCCAGUCCUCUGACUCUGGAGAGUAUUACUGUGAAGUUGAGAACGAGUUGGGGAGGAGGACAUCUAGAUCCAUCUCUAUUGAUGUGAAAUAUGCUCCAAAGCUUCCCUCUGUGUCAGUGAGUCCUUCUUCUGAGGUAGUGGAGGGCAGUUCAGUGACUCUGACCUGUAGCAGUGAUGCUAACCCAGCAGCUACUUAUACCUGGUACAAGAAUGGUAAACCUCUCAAUAAAAAUGCCCAGAUUGUCUUCAGCUCCAUCCAGUCCUCUGACUCUGGAGAGUAUUACUGUGAAGCUGAGAACGAGUUGGGGAGCAGGACAUCUAGAUCCAUCUUUAUUGAUGUGAAAUAUGCUCCAAAGCUUCCCUCUGUGUCAGUGAGUCCCUCUGCUGAGAUAGUGGAGGGCAGUUCAGUGACUCUGACCUGUAUCAGUGAUGCUAACCCAGCAGCUAACUACACCUGGUACAAGGAGAAUGAAGACUCACCGAAAGCAUCAGGACAGAUCUUCACCAUCACUGACUUCAGAGCUGAACAAAGUGGGAAUUAUUACUGUGAAGCCCAGAACAGCAGAGGACGUCAGAACUCCACCUUAAAUCUGAUUGUUGUAGCAGGGAAUUCAACAACAAUAAUGCAUAUCAUCUGGCUGACUGUGGUGGUCCUGAUGCUGAUUCCUCUGCUGCUCCUGAGUCUGUGGGCGAGGAAGAAGAAAACUCUGAGCUCCACCACUGAACCACAUGAGCCUGUAGAGAGAGAGGUGAAGAAGGUGUAA